AUGCUGCAAAACGUCGUCGCCUUUUGUUUUUGUUUCGUUCUAUUCUAUCAUCAAAUUAUCGCAUGCAAAUUAUGUGUUAUUAAUUCAACUUGCGACGAUGAUUAUAUACAUUUUAAUAUAUCAAUUUCGAAUGAUUGCCCACGCUCACAGAAUGCUUAUUUCAGCUAUCAAACAGAUCUUAGCGGAGAGACAUAUUAUGUAAAUCAAACACUUGAUUGUCGUGGUUGCUAUUACGAUCUUCAGAUUAAUCCAAUUCAUGAUGCUUGGGUCUACUAUUUAACAUUCGAAUCGCCGAAAACAAUUCGACCGUGUGCGUUAUAUAAAGCGAUUUGUGGAGGAAAAACAUCGCGAUAUGUGUGGAUUGUUACCGGUGGUCUAUCAGGUUUAUUUAUGAUAUUCGGCAUCCUCCUAUGUUCAAUUCGAUUGUGUCGAAUGCAAUCCAGAAGUCCAAGAUAUCAACAAAUUCAAUAA